GUUUAAGUUCAAUGACAGAUAACCAGCUGGCAUGUUAAACUCAGGAGAACAUACAUGUCCUCAACGAUGCAUAACAAUCAAAAAGAGCAUUUGUUUAAAAUCCUUGUCAUAGGUGAUUUAGGAGUAGGGAAAACCAGCAUCAUCAAGCGGUAUGUUCAUCAGACUUACUCCACUAAUUACAGAGCGACCAUUGGUGUGGAUUUCGCGCUCAAAGUUCUCAACUGGGACUCAGAGACGGUUCGGCUGCAGCUGUGGGACAUCGCAGGUCAAGAGCGCUUCGGGAACAUGACGCGAGUUUAUUAUAGAGAGGCCAUGGGGGCGUUCAUUGUUUUCGAUGUUACCAGGCCCACAACUUUCGAGGCAGUCUCCAAAUGGAAGGAGGAUCUGGACUCAAAAUUAAUACUUUCAAAUGGCCAGGGUAUUGCCACAGUGCUCCUUGCCAAUAAGUGUGACCAAAAUAGAGACUUUCUGACAAACAACGGCCUGAAAAUGGACCAGUUCUGCAAGGACAAUGGAUUUGUGGGCUGGUUUGAGACAUCUGCUAGGGAAAACAUCAACAUUAAUGAAGCAUCCAACUUUCUAGUGAAACACAUAAUCGCCAGCGAGCAUGACAUCCUCAAAUCUGUGGUUCCGGACACCAUCUCUCCUCAGCUCAACUCUACUAAAGAAAUGACCUGCUCUGCCUGUUUCAAACCCUGACAAAAUGGGUGACAGCCUAUGGAAGCAGCAGGGGUGUUCCCUUGGGCUGAAGAGGAUCACAUCACAAUCCUUCUGAUACCAGCAAGCAUUAUGGUCAUCCGUUGAUAAGCCGAAACCAACAGAGAGAUGUGUCUAUCCAUUGGUAACAGCUUGUACAGCAUUAAACUACAGGCUUUUUGGUAACACUUUACAAAAAGGUUCCAUUUGUUAACAUUAGGUACCAUGAACUAACAAUUAACAAUAUAUUUCUAACAGCAUUUAUUAAGCUUUGUUACUGUUAGUUAAUAAAAAUACAAUGGUUCAUUGUUAGUUCGUGGUGCAUUAACUAAUGUUAACAAAUGCAACUUUUGAUUUAAAAAAUGUAUUAGUAUAUGUUGAAGUUAACAUUAACUAAGAUUAAUAAAUGCUUAAUAAGCAUUGUUCAUUGUUAGUUCAUGUCAACCAAUGUUGUUAACUUAUUUUAACAAAUAGAACCUUAUUGUAAAGAGUUACCGACUUUUUAGCUUGCACACAGAGUUAAUGUAUUUGUUUAUGAAGCUGCACUUUUUGAGUCUUUUUGUGUUAUUUAUGGCUAACAACAGUCUGGGGAGUUCUGGACUAGCAUGCUUGGCUACACUAAGUGAGAGAUGACAUCUUAUUUCUGUUAGACAGACAGAUGGCUGAUGAUAGUUUUAGAGGAUCUAAAGGAGUAUUUCAUCAGUAUGUACACUGUCAAUAAAGUUGUUUUCUGGUA